CAGCAGAGCGCAUGCGCAAGCAGUGAAACCAGCUACGGUGCGUGGUGACAGCUGCACUGAUGAUAUCGAUGAACGUCUCCAGCGGUAACAACAAUCCGCAUAGUACUCCAGGCAAGAAGCACAAAAAGAAAAGCAAGAAGCAUCGCAAAGGAACUGGUGAGGAUAUUCCCCGAAUCGAUCUUGGGCCCCCAUUGCCCACUGCAGAUGAAUUGUGUCACAUCCUAACGAUCCACACGCCCUCCAGUCCCCCGAAAACUCCCCCCACCCCUCCGCUCACCCUGUUCCCGAACCCCCCUGACCUGCAGCCCACCGCCCCACUGCCCCAGUCCCUGCCCAUCUCCAUCCCCAGCUCCAGUCCCAUCUCGGCCUCCCCGCCUGCCUCCGUGCCUGGCUCUGACCCUGCACCACCCUCCCCCACCAGCCUCGCUUCGCCUCUAUCCACCCCGGUCACCACCAUCACCCCCUCCGUGAGCCUUCCGCCGGUGCUGUCCACCACCCCACCUACCUCACAGACCCUCUCCGGCCGGAGUGAGACCCCCCCUCCGCAGACCCUCAGUCCCCCGCCACCGGACUUCACCCCUCCUCCUGCUGAGCUGCUGGGAUCAGAUGAUGAGGAGCAGGAGAACCCAACAGAUUACUGCAAGGGAGGAUACUACCCAGUGAAGAUCGGAGACUUGUUUAAUGGCAGAUACCACGUUGUGAGGAAACUAGGAUGGGGGCACUUCUCUACAGUGUGGCUUUGCUGGGACCUUCAGAGGAAACGUUUUGUGGCGCUCAAGGUGGUGAAGAGUGCCCAGCACUACACAGAGACGGCCCUGGAUGAAAUAAAGCUGCUGAAAUGCGUUCGUGACAGUGACCCUACAGACCCAAAGCGACAGACUAUUGUACAGCUCAUUGAUGACUUCAAAAUAUCCGGCGUUAACGGUGUUCAUGUUUGCAUGGUGCUCGAGGUGCUCGGCCAUCAGCUGCUGAAGUACAUCAUCAAGUCCAACUACAUGGGCCUGCCGAUGGUCUGUGUCAAGAGCAUCCUCAAACAGGUUCUUCAAGGUCUGGACUACCUACACACCAAAUGCAAGAUCAUCCACACAGACAUCAAGCCAGAGAACAUCCUGCUGGAUGUGAACGAGGUGUACAUCCGGCGCCUGGCUGCCGAGGCCACAAUAUGGCAGCAGUCUGGAGCCCCGCCCCCCUCAGGCUCCUCUGUUAGCUCCGCCCCAAGGGAAAAUCAGAUGGGGAAGAUCUCCAAGAACAAGAAGAAGAAGCUGAAGCGGAAGGCCAAGCGGCAGCAGCGUCUGCUGGAGGAGCGGCUCCAGGACCUGCAGCGCUUGGAGGAGCUGGACGGCGAGCCGGCCGCCGGGACAACAGGCAGCCAGGCCAGGGCCCUGUGGAGGCUGCAGGAGGAUGACGAGGAGGAGGCCGAGGGCUUCCCGCCAGGUGAGACAGGGAGGUCAGAGGGCAGGCAGGCACGCCUGAGGAAGGAGCCGCCGGUAAAAGGUCGCUCUGUGUUCAACGGAAACGGGAACCUGCGGACCCACGGCAGUAAGGGCAGCCCUGAGUCGGGCUCCUCGUGGCUGGAGGAUGGCUGUAAUGGUCACAGCGGCGGUGGCGGGCCCAUGCGCUUCUCCAGCCCCGGCUCGGGCCUGUCCGGCAUGUCUAGCUCGGUGCUCUCGACCACCUCCGAGUCGGCCCUGUCCACGCUGUCCGGCUACUCCACAGGCAGAGAUAGCCAGCGCUCGGCCCUCUCCUCCAACUCGUACAGCGCUGCAGACUUCCUGGUGAACCCACUGGAACCACAAAACGCAGACAAAAUCCACAUCAAGAUUGCAGACCUGGGCAACGCCUGCUGGGUGCACAAGCACUUCACAGAGGACAUUCAGACACGCCAGUACCGAGCCCUAGAGGUACUCAUAGGGGCCGAGUACGGCACCCCAGCAGACAUCUGGAGCACAGCCUGCAUGGCUUUUGAGCUGGCCACCGGAGACUAUCUGUUUGAGCCUCACUCAGGAGAGGACUACACCAGAGAUGAAGAUCACAUAGCUCACAUCAUCGAGCUGCUGGGAGCCAUUCCACCUCACCACGCCCUCUCAGGACGCUACUCCCGCGAGUACUUCAACCGCAGAGGAGAGCUGCGGCACAUAGCCAACCUGAAGCCGUGGGGUCUGUUUGAGGUCCUGCUGGAGAAGUACGAGUGGCCACUGGAGCAGUCGGCCCAGUUCAGCGACUUUCUGCUGACCAUGCUGGAGUUCCUGCCCGAGAAGCGGGCCACGGCUGCUGAGUGUCUGCAGCACCCCUGGCUCAACUCCUAACACACACACACACACACACACACACACUUCGACUCAAUAGAGCGACUCCUGACAACACCACAUAUGAUCAUGCACUGGAGGAAAAAAAGACUCCUUACUCACUUAAAUACACUGGGAUGAUCUAUACAGUCACAGCAUAUGCACACAGUCACACAGAGGUCUGAGCAACUCAGCCUUGCACAUAUGCACACAUGUUGCACAAACACUCAAAAGCAUUGGAGCAACUCCUUAUGCAUCGCGCACACACACACACACACACACACACACACACACACACACACACACACACACAGGAGAACCUGUCAGUACUUUGUACAUGCUUUGUCUCAACAGCACUAGCAGAUGAACUCCCAACGUACACACACAUACACCACAUACACAAACCAUGCUAUUUUCCACUUUUUUGACUAGCUCCCCUCCUUGCUUAUUCCUGCGUGCACACACACACACACACACACACACACACACACACACACACACACACAGACACAGACACAGACACAUGCUAAUCCUUCCCCCGCACUCUCCCAGCAGUCGGUCAGUUCCUAUACUCCCAGGUGCACACAUCUCUGAAUGUAUCACGAGUAUUAUGGUAAAACAAACUUCAGAUUACCUGACUCUGAGCACACAGCUAGCCACAGUGUAACCUCAGUCUACGUUUCUUUUUAAUUACUAUUCUUAUUAUUAUUACUAUUAUUAUUAUUAUUACUACGGAGCUUUGAUUUAUGUAAAUGUUUGGAAUAAAAUGUCUGCAGUCUGUCGAUCGUUUUCGAGAUGUAUGGUCGUCUUCUGUCGGCUGGUCACGUAUUUAUAUGUUAAAAUAGUGCCUUGAUAUGCCAUGUGUAAAAAUGAGAAAUAGAGAGGGAAACAUGCCUUCACUUUUUUAUAUAUGUUCGCCAGUUGGUGUGUGGAAUGCUUGUUGUUUGUGAACAUAAGAUACUGUGUAUGACCAUGACUGGAGACCAGAGAAUAAUAUUAAAGAUGAAAUGAACCAG